GCCGACGGCCCUCUUCCCGCUCGCCCACGCCGAACCUGCCUCCGCCUUCGUCGUCACGCCCCCCGUGCCGUCGCCCUCCACGAGGCGGGCCACAACCUCGAGGCGCCGGCCGAUGGAUCCACCUUCCUUGAGCCAGCUUCCUGAUGAUUGAUUUCCCACGGAAAGCAAGUGCAGACGUCUGCACCUGGCGCCCUCGCAUCGCCUGGGAAAUGCUGGACAAGGCCUUCGUCAUGGUAGAAAGGCGAUGAGAUUGAGAGAGCAGCCGUGGCUUCUAAAUUCCUCUACGGCGGGCGCCUGAUCUUCGGUCUGGAUGCGGGUUCCUUGUUCCUAUCCACAGUUCUCAUAGUAUCCCCCUGGUCGGCCUGUGCUCCCGGUGGAUCACAAAGAUGAACCCCAGCAGUCCAGACCACAAGCAUCAAGUCCUUGCGACCUUGCCUGCCGGUCCUCAUCGCCACCGUCCUUCUCGGCCUCGCGGCGGAGGCAGGUCGGCGCGGGCGAGCAGGAAGAGGGCCGUCGGCCACCGCGGGCGCAGGCAAGUCAACUUUAUUAUCUCCAUUGCUCAGAUUGAUUCAGGGGUCUUUUGAAUAAGCGAAACGACGUGGGGGGCUUUGCAUAAAAUAAACAAGCCACAUGUUGUCAUCCCAUUGGUUAUGACCAAACGUGCACCCGCAAGUCAAGUUACUGUACCACCUGGCCCCAUUUUACAACUUGUUGUACUAAACUGCUUGUACAAUACAACUUCGUGUACCUCCAGUGUUAUUACCCCAAUUUUAUUCAACACUUUUGAAGCUAUUCCAAACUUCAUUUGAAUUCAAACCGUUUUGAAUUUCAAAUGCUACUUUUUAAACAUUUUGAAACUUGCUUAACAUGAGAUGAAAUGUUUAUUCGGUCAGAAAAAAAUGAGAUGAAAUGUUUACAAUAAGUAAUGAAUACAUUUCGAAGCUACCCAUAAAAGUUCGUAAUUUUUGUAGUUCAAGGCCUCAAAAUGGACGGUGUUCAUAGAGGGAAACCACACUUGAAAACGCAAAAAUGGAUUUUCCGAAUAAUGGAAAACCCACACCAUGAGUUUAGAGGGUGUUAGAGUUGUAUAUAUCAGAUUUCUUCAUCAAGAUCCAGACAAGAGCACAACACGGCUUCUACCUCUCCAAACUCUUGUUAUUGACCCACCAUGAGUUUGUUGGCUGCAAAUUCUGUUUGUUGAGAUGUUUAGCUUGUCGUCGUAGUGUACAUACUUUUCCUUGCAUUUUUCAUCGAUGCGGUUACACCACGACCACAGGUAGCUGAUGACACUAAAGAAAACCGCCAACACAUGCAGAGAGGAGGACAAACUGAGAUCCAAGGGAAGGUUGAGAAGUCAUCCCCGAAGAAACCAACAGGCUUAUUGUGGAGCUAGCCAAGUUUCUGAAAAGAUGAAGAAGCUAAAAUCGGAAUCUGAAGAGCACGGAAGGCGCAGAUUGGAGCCUUGGAGGCGGAAGUCCACGUCAAUGCCCUACGUACAGAGACAGUCCGAGGAGCUGUUGCUGGAAUAUAUGACAGGUUGCUGGAGGACAACCACACAUUGCAAACUCAGGUUCUUUCCCUCAGGAGCUGAAACUGAACUUGUGCGUUGGCUAAACCGAUUUGACAGGAAAAGAAAUUAAAAAUGAAAAUUUCACCUAACUAUACAGUAUAAAGAAAUUAAACUGAACAGGUAAUAUGCUCAGGAAGGAGAAAGUUCGCACGUUUUUGCUCAUCGAUAGAGCUUGUUCUGUUUGAAAACAUUUUGUGUCAGGCCAGAUUUUUGUUGAUAUUCCAUUAAUCUGUUCUAGUCUAAAAAUUGGGAUAGGUUAUGUGUUCUCGAUCAAUGUCAUCUGCAAUAGAGGCCUUGCACAUUUUGUUUUUGGAAUUUCCUUGCACGAUGUUCUGUUCAAAUAUAAAAAUAAUAAUCUCCUGCAGAGCUGCAGUACAAAAUCACUAACACCGUCGCCGUUAAUUAGAAGCUGCUAGCAGAACGCAUUCACAUGUGCUCAGCAUUAAAAACAGGGCAAGAACGCACCUGCCUAGCAAGCCACGCAGGAGCAUAAAAAAAUACAGAAAAUUAUGGCCAGUGCCAGAUCCUCUCUAUAUAAGCGAAUCGCCUCCGAGCCUAAACUCAUCACACGCAAAGCGAGCAAGCAAGCAAAAAUUUGAAGUAAAAGACACAAGAAGAGCAAGAGCUAGCUAGAAAUGGCUGGCAGAUCAUCUUUGCUGCAGCUACUGGUCGUGGCAGUGGCCGCCGCGCAGUUUCUUGGGUCAGAAGGCGGCGGCAUUUCCAUCUACUGGGGCCAGAACGGCGGCGAGGGCUCUCUGGCGGCAACCUGCGCCACUGGCAACUACAAGUUCGUCAACAUAGCGUUCCUCGCCGCCUUCGGCAACGGUCAGCCGCCAGUGCUCAAUCUGGCAGGCCACUGUGACCCCAGCAAUGGAGGCUGCGAGAGCCAGAGCGCCGACAUCAAGCUGUGCCAGAGCCGUGGCGUGAAAGUCAUGCUCUCCAUCGGUGGCGGAGCAGGCAGCUACUACCUCUCCUCGGCCGCCGACGCCAAAGAUGUGGCCACCUACCUGUGGAACAACUUCUUGGGAGGCAAGUCAUCGUCACGGCCUCUCGGCGACGCGAUCCUCGACGGCAUCGAUUUCGACAUCGAGGGCGGCACCAACCUCCACUGGGAUGAUCUUGCCAGGUACCUCAAAGGGUACAGCAACUCCGGCAGGAGAGUGUACCUGACUGCCGCACCGCAGUGUCCUUUCCCUGAUGCCUGGGUGGGUGAAGCCCUCAACACCGGCCUCUUUGACUAUGUGUGGGUGCAGUUCUACAACAAUGCUCCCUGCCAGUACAGCUCAGGCAGCACUUCCAAUCUUGCGGAUGCAUGGAAGCAGUGGUUGACACUCCCCGCCAAGCAAAUCUUCCUGGGCCUCCCAGCGUCGCCUCAGGCGGCAGGGAGCGGCUUCAUCCCAGCUAAUGAUCUCAAGUCAGAUGUGCUCCCAUUGAUCAAGGGCUCAGGUAAGUAUGGAGGGAUCAUGCUGUGGUCCAAGUACUACGAUGACCAAGAUGGCUACAGUUCUUCGGUGAAGAGUGAUGUUUGAAAGGGCUACCUACGUACCUUGGCUCAUGUGAUGUGUUAAAUUAUCUGUGUGGCACUUUCCUUUCCUUGUGAUUUGUCAACAUUCAUCCCUCUCCUUUGCUGUUACUGAGUUAUUAUGAGUUUCUCAGAUUGUUGUGUAUAUAGGAGUAUAAAAUAAAGACGACUUGCUGCAUGCUAUCA